UUAUAUUAGAUGUUACUGGUAGAAGCGUUGUCAAACACUGAAUACCUGUGCCAUCUCCACAUUCCUUGGUCCUCUUUUUAACUUUGUGUAAACGACUUACCAACUGUAAAUAAAUGAAUUCACUUGCGUAAUGGAUGAAUAUGUGGUCAUUGGAAGUCAGUUUUAGCAGUAGUGCAGUGUAAAUAAAUGACUGUGACAAUUCAUAUCAUUACACAAUAAGUGAAAUUGUAUCACCCGAAAUCAUGGACUGUAGAAAUGUAGCAGUCACAAUAUAACCAACUCUCUCAGGACUACAAGUUACUGUAAGGUUAACAUUUCCAAACACUUCAGGGUCUCAUGGUCUAUUCGUGAUUCAUUUCAUUUCUGGAACAAAGAAAUAUUUAUGGUAUUAUAUCGUACUUCUGUUAGGUGGCGUUCGAAAUACGGUAUUGAAGCUGUGAGUCCUUGUUUCAGGUAUGAGGCGGAUAUACAGGGAUGGGUUUAACGAUGAGGGAGCAAAAUGUAGAAAGGUCCCACUGUCCUGUUUGAUGAAGAUGAACUGAGUAGCUUCAACCUAUUUCAGUUAUUUCAUCUCAUGCUAUUGGUUGAUUUAAUGGUGGCUUACUGUACAGUGAACGAUGAUUUUAGCAAUAAUAUGUGUUAUCAUUUCAUUUCAUCUAGUACUUAUCAGCUGAGAGAACAUUCCAAGAAAGUUCGAAAGUCGAGGUACAAUCGUUUACGUAUAGAGUUCCGUUCUUUUCAUUGAGAAUUGAUUACUGAAAUUCUCGACGAGAGUACGUAAUACCAGCAAGUCCCGUUGAUGCAUUCAAAGCGAGGUUAGAUCUUCGCAGUAUUACAAACUACAAGGAUUAAUGUGACCUGUCCUCAUUAAUAAAGACUCAAGACUGGAAGGAAACAUCUAAGCCCCCAACUGAAAGAAUCGGUGACAAAUCUACUAUCGUCAUAGAAGCUUUGCAAAUAAAAACUCCGUUUAUUCCACCCGACUAUGAAACGUUAAGUUAUUGGGUAUUGAACAGUUCGUAAAGUACGGUUUGAAACUUGUAUCAAUUUUCACUCACAAUUGUCGUAUUUGUCUGGCAAGUUAUUACGGUCCGUUACAAAUAAAUCACAACGGUCCUUUUUUGUUGAUCACAAUGACGACUUUGCAUCCGUAAUCUACACACAUUAUAGCUUACAUUAUGGGAACAAGUCAAAUUCAAAAAAUUCUUCCGGUCCAAUUAAAAAAAACAUGUAUCUCAAUAAUAUCCGGACAGUUAUUAUCUAUACUGAUUGGUCUUACUGCAAUAUGUAAUGGUGUACUUUCUAAAUAUAAUAUAAAUUUACCAUUAGCUAUAAAUUUUCCACAUUAUUUUUUAUUAUUAUUUUUCUAUGGAGUUCCUUAUCUUUGUUUUAAUCUAUUUAAGAAAUUAACUCACUCUAAUAAUAAUAACAAUAAUAAAAAUGAACCGAUUAGUAAUACUUUAAAUUACAAUAUCAAUGAUAGAACUAUUACAAAUUAUAAUAGUAAUCCUAUUAUUGACAAUGAACAAAUUAUUAUUUUACCUAAUUCUGAGAAAACUUUUAUGCAAUCAUUAUUAGUUCGUUUUAGCUUUUAUUCAUUAAUUGCUAUUAUUGAUGUUCAUGCUAAUUGGUCCAUUGUAACUGCAUAUGCGUAUACAAGUGUAACUAGUAUUCAGUCAUUAGAUUGUAUCACUAUACCAACAGUUGUAUUAUCAAGUUAUUUUUUUUUAUCUUAUCGCUAUUCAUGGAAUCAUUAUAUUGGAAUAAUUUCAUGUUUAAUUGGUGCUACUGGUAUGAUACUCACAGAUUAUUUUAUACAAUCAUCAAAUCAGAACAUUGUUCAUUAUGGCAAUACAAGUGAAAUCCAUUUGAAUCAAUUAUAUAAUAGCACUGUAAACAAUCAAUUAUUUACUGCAAAACAAAUUGUAUUCGGUGAUUUCCUAGUUAUUAUUGGAGCUAUUUCAUAUGGAUUAUCAAAUGUUCUACAACAAUAUCUUGUUCUAAAAUAUGGCAUUGUAGAAUUUCUUAGUUGUGUUGGUUUAACAGCAUCGAUCAUAACAUUAAUUUAUACUAUUUCAAUUGAGAAACAUUCAAUCAGCAUGAUGCUGUUUAAUGUUACGUCUAUAGAUUUAACAAAAGUUACUAGUUGUUUCAUUGGUUAUGCUUUGGCAAUGUUUCUAUUAUAUUCUUUAAUGCCAUUAAUUUUAAUGCGUUCAUCUGCUAUUCUAGUAAAUUUAUCAUUACUUACAUCCGAUGUUUAUGCUGUAUUGAUGGAUAUUUUUAUAUUUCAUCAUAGUUUUCAUUAUUUAUACAUUUUAUGUUUUCUAAUAAUUUUACUCGGCGUUGGUGUAUUCAAUGUAAAUGAACCAGUUAUUACUGAUAAAAAAGAUCACCAAUCGAAUUGUUUCCACUUGAUUUCACAGAAAACUAAAUUAUAAUCAACGAGUUAAUGAAAAUUUAAAAUUCUUUAUAUAUAUGGAUGAAUGAAUUGCUCUGUAUUAGUUAACAUAUCGAUAUGAAUUUCUGUGAUUGCGUAGAAUUAUUUGGUUUUUAUUAAACAUGAAUUAAUUAAAGUUUAUUUACUAUCUGAUUAAAGUUGUUCUCAUCACGUAAAACACUUAAAUUUCUUAAUGUAAGUACAUGUGCUGUUCCAACGUAUUCGUGCAUAGAUUUUGUAAAACCAUUUUUUAUUGUGUCUAAUUAAUAUGUAAGGGUUUAAGCUAUUCUGUUGUUUAUAUUCUUGAUUGGAUUUUGAUCACUCUUAGUUGGCAUAUAUGCAUCCUGCGUGAAUUUUCUCGAUAUAGCUAUUUCAUGAAAAGUUUUACAGGAGGAAUGGAUAAAGCUUUCGGUGUUUAGACCGAAAUGCACCGUGUUCCAGUUUUUAUGUGAAAAUCAACACGGAAAUGCAGCUACAUCUAGCCGACUUGUCCUAA